UGAUGACUGGCUGAGGUCAAUAAUGAUGAAAAAGUGAACUUUUCCGGCUAAAAUUCCGAAAAAUUCCGUGCAUUUGCGGUCUGCGUGGUCCCGGGACUCGAAACUGCUCAAUCAAUCUGCUUGCGAAAGGUGACCGAUAGCCGUCGGUGCGUUCCGAUAUUUCCGAAAAUGUCCUCGUCAGCUAUCUUCAUUCUCGACGCGAAGGGAAAGGUGUUGAUAUCGCGCAACUACCGCGGCCACAUCGAUAUGGGAGUGGUGGACAAGUUUAUGCCGCUGCUGAUGGAGAAGGAGGAAGAGGGCCUGAUAACGCCGAUCCUGCAGACACCCGAGUGCACCUUCGCCUACGUGAAGACGAACAAUCUGUAUCUGGUGUCGGUGACGCGCAGCAACGCCAACAUCGCGCUGGUCUUUGUGUUCCUCCACAAGGUGGUCCAGGUGUUCACCGAGUACUUCAAAGAGCUGGAGGAAGAGAGCAUACGAGACAACUUUGUGGUGAUCUACGAGCUGCUGGAUGAGCUGAUCGACUUCGGCUACCCGCAGACGACGGACAGCAAGAUCCUGCAGGAGUACAUCACACAGGAGGGCCACAAGCUGGAGAUACAGCCGCGCAUUCCGAUGGCGGUGACGAAUGCGGUCUCGUGGCGCUCGGAGGGCAUCAAGUACCGCAAGAACGAGGUGUUCCUCGAUGUGAUCGAAAGCGUCAACCUGCUGGCGAACGCGAACGGCAAUGUGCUACGCAGUGAAAUUGUCGGCGCGAUAAAGAUGCGCGUCUAUCUGUCCGGCAUGCCGGAGCUGCGGCUCGGGCUGAACGAUAAGGUCCUGUUCGAGAGCACCGGCCGGGGAAAGUCAAAGUCGGUGGAGCUGGAGGACGUGAAGUUUCAUCAGUGCGUGCGACUGUCGCGGUUCGAGAAUGACCGCACCAUUUCGUUCAUCCCGCCCGACGGGGAGUUCGAGCUGAUGUCGUACCGGUUGAAUACGCACGUGAAACCGCUGAUCUGGAUCGAGUCGGUGAUCGAGCGUCACGCGCACAGCCGCGUAGAGUACAUGAUCAAAGCGAAAUCACAGUUCAAGCGGCGCUCGACCGCCAACAACGUGGAGAUUGUCAUUCCCGUGCCGGCCGAUGCCGACUCGCCGAAGUUCAAAACUACGAUCGGUAGCGUAAAGUACGCUCCCGAGCAGAAUGCCAUCACUUGGACGAUCAAAUCAUUCCCUGGAGGAAAGGAGUACUUAAUGCGCGCUCACUUCGGUCUGCCCAGUGUCGAGUGCGAGGACAGCGAGGGGAAGCCCCCGAUCCAGGUGAAGUUUGAAAUUCCCUACUUCACCACUUCGGGAAUACAGGUUCGAUACCUGAAAAUCAUCGAAAAAAGCGGCUACCAGGCGCUUCCCUGGGUCCGGUACAUUACCCAGAACGGUGACUAUCAGCUGCGAACGAACUAGAAUCGGUGGCCCUGCGAGGUGUAAUUGUUAAGUUUCACCGUUUCCCGAAGUGAAAGAACGUCUGCCUCUGCGGCAUUUCUCCGGUUGCCGUUCAUCCGUUCGAUGGUCGUGCAAAGUCCACAGUCCACCGGUCCAUCGUCAGCGUGCAGCGUGCAGUAUUAAUUUAACGUUUCAUCAAAUCGGCAGCCGGCGUCUUCGAGUUCCGUUUCAGCACGUUUUGUUCCACUUCAUCCCAUCGCAUCGUUUUUUUUCAUGUUUGGCGAUUGUUUUCGCGAUCUGUUUUCAGUUAAACGCACGAGUUUUUCAUAAAUUGUUUCCGCGUUUUCUUUCACCUUUUUGUUGCAUUUUUGUUUUCGAAUGUGUUGUAAAGCUUUUGGAAUUACGAAUUCGUUUAGAGAAGAUAGUUGAAAACAUUUUAUUUUAAAACUAGAACGCAACCAUCCUGUAAAGCAACCAUGUAGCACU